GUCCUCCCGGGCCGCCCCCCGCGGGCGUCAGAGGGAGGCGGGCGCCCCGCGCGGUGACGGCGACGCCUGCGGCCGCCGGACUUUCCACUCGUUGCCACCGGAGAGGCCGGUGACCUCUUGGCCGCCCCGCCUCGGAGGCUCAGAUGGCUCAGGCGAAGAUCAACGCGAAAGCCAACGAGGGGCGCUUCUGCCGCUCCUCCUCCAUGGCCGACCGCUCCAGCCGCCUGCUGGAGAGCCUGGACCAGCUGGAGCUCAGGGUGGAAGCUUUGAGAGAAGCAGCAACUGCCGUUGAGCAAGAGAAAGAAAUCCUCCUGGAAAUGAUCCACAGCAUCCAGAAUAGCCAGGACAUGAGGCAGAUCAGCGACGGAGAAAGAGAAGAAUUAAAUCUGACGGCAAACCGUUUGAUGGGACGAACGCUUACCGUUGAAGUCUCUGUGGAAACAAUUAGAAACCCCCAGCAGCAAGAAUCCCUAAAGCAUGCCACCAGGAUUAUUGAUGAGGUCGUCAGUAAGUUUCUGGAUGAUUUGGGAAAUGCCAAGAGUCACUUGAUGUCACUGUACAGUGCAUGUUCAUCCGAGGUGCCACCUGGGCCUGUUGACCAGAAGUUUCAGUCCAUAGUAAUUGGCUGUGCUCUUGAAGAUCAGAAGAAAAUUAAGAGAAGAUUAGAGACUCUGCUUAGAAAUAUUGAAAACUCUGACAAGGCCAUCAAGCUGUUAGAGCAUUCUAAAGGAGCUGGUUCCAAAACUCUGCAACAAAAUGCUGAAGGCAAAUUUAAUUAGUUUUGAAACAUAGGAGCACUUAUAAAUAAUGACAUAAAAAUGAUUAAACAUUUGUUCUUUGUGUUAGGCAUAACAUUUGAUACUGAUUGUUGUUUCACAUGAGGAAGAUAUUCCAGUGUCAUCAGUUUUGUGAAUAACACAAUUAAAUCUAGAAAUAUUUUAAUUAUCUUUCUAGAAGUUUUUAGAUUGAAUUCAUGUCUUGUAUUAGGCUCUAGCACCUAAUAUAUAGAAUAUAUAUUUUUUACUAUUCUGUGGAUAAAUACUUAGUAUAUAGGAGAGAGUAACUGCUCAGCCUGGGCCAAAAGCAUUAUUGUUCUUUCUUGGGCUUUGUCUGGCAUAGAGAUCCUCGGGCACAUGGGGCAUUUGGUUGACUAGAAAUUCUUGACAAACUUACCACUCAUCUACUGUUAAGUAAGUAGUGUGCUUAAAAGGACAAAAGGAAUCACAAAAUAAGAAUCGUUCCCAACAUCUUCUUUUUCAUAAAGCACUUUUUUUGGACAUCUGUAUCAAAUUAUUUUGAAUUUAAGAUUUAUGCAUCUGAUAAAUGAAUAUAUUUCUUGAUAUAUAUGAAAACAUGACAUAAAGUGUGAAAGAAUUCACAUCUAAUGUUAUCACUGUGAACAACUAUAUGUCCACUUCAUCUUUUUCCAAAUGCAUCAUUUCUCUAAAUUUUUAGUCAUUGCAGAAAUACAGUGUUGUAACUUGCCUUUUUUAAAAAAUGCUGCUAUAAAGUCUGUUUGUCAACUUUAAAACCUCUAUCCUGUAUUGUUGUAUAAUUUACUUCCCCAUUCCCCUCAUUGGACAUUUAGUUUGUUUCCAGUUUGUUGCUUAUUCCUGCAACAUAUUUAUAUACAGAGACUUUUUUCCUUCUUUCUUUUGUUUUUGAUUUUCUUUGUAUAAAUUCCCAGUAGUGGGAUUUACUGGGUCAAAAGGUAUAUACAUUUUCAUGGCCUGACAUAUUUCCAAAUUUUUUUGUAUGAGACUUACACCAAUUUGUACAGUCUUCAGUAAUUAAAAUGUAGCU